AUGUCAACUUCCACAAGAAAACUAACCCUCAACACCGUCUCCGUCACCUUGGGCUGCGGCACCUGCAGAAGGCCCAAGCUUCUCCGCCACAUAUUCCACCCAAAACGUCGCCCCAAGAGGCCCACCUACCAAGCCCAAACAACCCAUCACUGGGCCCAUGACAGAGACGACACUACUACCACCGCCACCAGCACCACCAGCACCACCUUCUCUCCCUGCCACAUCGACUCUUCCGCGCAGUUCUGCGACUACGCCAAGAGCGUGCGGGGGUUCGGGCGCGUGGGCAGCGAGGGCGUCGCGGUGGAGAAAGACUCCGACGACCCUUACUUGGACUUCCGACACUCCAUGCUCCAGAUGAUACUCCAAAACGAGAUUUACUCCAAAGACGAUCUCAGAGAGCUUCUCAACUGUUUCCUCCAGCUCAAUUCACCGGACCACCACGGUGUCAUUGUCAGAGCCUUCACCGAGAUCUGGAACGGCGUUUUCUCCGUCAGCUCCGGCGCCACCGCCUUCCACCGCAACCGUAAGUCUCGUGACUUCUAA